GGCCUGAGACACAAAUUACAGCCAUUUCUCUCGUUUACCGGGCAUUAGGUGAUGAACCACCAAUAGAAAAGGAAGACUUAAGAGUAGAAGUAAAUCAUGUAACUUCGUCGGCGCUAAUGGAAUGCGAAGUAGAUUCUGACCGAUACAGGAGAAUGUUGAAGAUAUCUGAUCAGCCAAUAGAUGCCAUAGCCAUGCAAGAACUGGACUCUAAUCCACAGACGCAUUGGAGGCGUUUUUGGUUUCACCUAUGCACAAAAUUUUUAUUCUUAUGGUUUGAUGAUGUAUUUGAGGGAUUUCGUAGCAUACGCGAAAUGGAAGCAGAAAUGAAACCUUUAAGUGAUGAAAAUAAAACAAAUUUAAGGAAGUUAAAAAACCGUCAUGCGAAAAGCAAGGCCAUCCAUGCUAUACACUUACAGAAGAGCUUGAAAGGUGUUAUUGAGAAAGUUGUGAGUUGGAAAGAUCUAUUUGGAAUUUCAGAUGAAAUUCAAGAAAUGUAUAAGGAAUAUAUAGAAAAUUUUCCUGAAAAUAUUUUAGAAAUUUUAUUAA